AUGUGGCUGCUGCUGCUGCUGCUUGGUUACGUUACUCUCCUUUACUUCCUCAUCCGUCCCCGUCCCCUUCCACGAAUUCCGGAUGAUGAUUCUUCUUCUCCUUCUUCUUCUUCUUCUUCAGAGUUGGUUUCUUCCGCUAGCAGCAACGACAGAGCCGCCGGGGGCGAUCCCCAAAUCCUCCAGCCAACCAAGUACGAUGUCUUCAUCAGCUUCCGAGGGGAAGAUGUUCGGGACAACUUCCUCAGCAUCGUCUUCCAUCACCUCAACGAUCUAAAGAAGCUCGCUGUUUACAAAGACGACGUGAAUCUUCACAGAGGAGUAGAGAUCUCGCCCUCCCUCUUGCAAGCGAUCGAGGUAUCGGACGUCUACGUGGUGAUCCUCUCCCGCAACUAUGCCAACUCCAAAUGGUGCCUCGAGGAGCUGGAGAAGAUCUUCCAGUGCGUGGAACGGCACAAACGGAUGCUCAUACCGGUUACCUACGGCAUGAGUUUCAACGAUUUCUACGAGACUCUGCCCUCCUUCUCCUCCUCCUCUGCUGCUGCUGCUCGGUAUCUUCAGAGCUGUGGGGACAAACUGCUUGAAGGCUGGUGGGGAAAACUGAUCCAGAUGCUCGGCGUCGAUUUCACGGUCAUCAGGCCCGAAAUGGUACUCAUCAAGGAAAUCAUCAAAGCGGUAUUCCAAGCAAUCCGCGACAGCAGCGAGCUUGUAAAGUUCUCGUCAUAUUUAUCCACCAGAGGCUGGUUUGGAAUAGAGAGCAAGGUGGAACAAGUUGAAGCGUUGUUGCGCUCCGGCGAGAAGGCUAAUUGGACGAUUGGACUGUGGGGAGCGGCUGGCAUUGGCAAGACCGCCCUCGCCGAGGCCUUCUUCCGCAGAUUUUCUUCUCGAUUCGAAGCUUCCUACUUCUUCCGUAAUUUUGCCGACUCGCUCGCGGCAAGCGGGCCGUCUCUACAGCCAUUCGGCAAUUUGCAAAGUGGCUUCUUCUCGAAAUUGUUGGGUGACGACGACGCCGGAGGUGGCGGCGGGACGACAUUGCCCUACGACUUGGUGCUUCGCCGUGUUGGUCGUAUCAAGGCGUUGGUCGUGAUCGACGACGUGGGUGACGAUGUGAGCCACAUUGGACCGCUCAAAGAUCUGCUGAACGGACAGUACAGCGACCUGUUCGGUCCAGGGAGCGUAGUGAUCGUGACCAGCACCAACCAACAGCUUCUCAAGAAUGUAUGUCACACCGUGCAUCAAGUCGAGGGUCUGGCUGAUGAUGAAGCCGAGCGGCUUUUCUGCUUUCACGCCUUCAAAGGGGAAGAAGAUGCACCAGCUGAUCACUAUCUGGAGUUGGUCACGAGAGCUGUGAUUUACGCGGGUGGAAAUCCACAAGCGCUUACCCUCUUGGGCGCGCACUUGUACGGUCGGGAUCUCGAGUUUUGGGACCGCGAGCUCGGCUACUUGCAAAACAACGAUCCGAAAUCGGUGGUUGAGAACAUCGGGCGAAGGAUGUACCAAGGAUUGAGCCGAGCAGAGAAAGAUUUGUUCCUCGACUUGGCAUGCUUCUAUCCUUAUUGGGAAAACAAGAGAUUAAGUAGAGCAGGGGUACUCAAGGAUGGGAGAAGUAAUCACAUUACUAAUCUUGUGGAUAAGAGUCUUAUAAGAAUUGACGAUGAAAACUGCGGCAUAGAAGUGAGCCUGGUGCUACGAGACCUUGGUCGUGGCAUUGUUAAUGAAGAAGGUCAAAUAAGAAAGCGCACGAGAUUGUGGAAAUCUGAAGACGUAUCUCUCCUCUUCAAGAAACCUAAGGAUGAUCAACCAAUUGAAGGAAUCGUCUUAAAUGAUGAUUGGCGACCACGUUCCACAAGAAGACCUGACAUAGCCGUACAAGCUGAUGCUUUUGAGGAGAUGGAAAAUCUUCGAUUCCUCGUGCUUGGCAGUAGUACUUGCAAUUUCAUUCUGCCGGAGGAUGGGUUGAAUUCCCUGCCAACUAUGUUGAGAAUUCUUGAAUGGGACUCAUUUCCUUCCAAAUUUUUGCCACCCAAAUUCUCUGCCGAAAAUCUUGUCACGCUUAGUUUGACACACAGCAAGAUUGAACAGCUUUGGAAAGGUGAUGAACUUAACGUGGAUCUGGGGAAUUUAAAAACCCUUAAUCUUGAGGGAUCCAAGAACCUAAGAAACCUGCCUGAUCUCUCUACAGCAAAAAGGCUUGAGGGUAUUCAUCUUUGUCUAUGCGAGAGCUUACUGGAGCUUCCCACCUCAGUUUUGGGCCUUCCCAAGUUGGAAACCCUCGAUUUGAGUGAGUGCAGCAGCCUAAAGUGGGAGAACUUGGAAGAUUAUUUAAACGACAUCAGAGAACAGAGUAAUCGUCCUUCUGAAUUUUUAUCUAGCCUGAAAUAUUUUAUCCUAACCCAAACUCCUAUCCAAAUGGUUCCUAGUUUUGCUACCGACUUGUCAAUUCAGGCACUAGAUUGCGCUGCCUGCACAGAACUGACUGAAUUUGUAGUCAUCCCAAGCCUGGAAAGAUUAGACUUGACUAAUAGCUUGAUUGAAGAGGUCGUUGAGUUGGACAAGCUGACAAAGUUGAAGUACCUCAACCUUUCGCAAAACGAGCAACUUAUUCUCCUCUCUUGUGACUUCUCAAAGUUGAGUUCUCUGGAAAGGAUUACGCUAGAAAGAUGCAGCAAGUUGUCCCGCCUUCCUGACAGCAUUGGUACCCUCGUGAAUUUGGUAAGUCUUGAUCUAAGUUACGUAGCAAUGGAAGAGCUUCCGUCGUCCAUUGGAGAUCUGAAGGGGUUGUCUGAAUUGCUCCUCACCGGUUGUAAGAGUCUAUCAUGCCUCCCCGACACCACCCACAAGCUAUCUAACUUAGAAACCCUCAGAGUAAAUCUUUGCAACCAACUGGGCCAUUUACCACUGCUUCCAUCAUCCUUGAAAGAACUGGAUGCACAUGGCUGCAAGUCGCUUCGAACCUUGUCAACAGACAUUGUUGCUCAGGCACAAUUGACACUGUCGGUCUCGGAAUUUACUCGCUGGUGCUUUGGCUGGUGCUGGAAGUUGGAUCCAGCAGUAUGCAGUAAGAUUGUGGAUAAGUUUACCGAGGAUCUGGUUCGAUGCCCCAAAUCCUCUGUGCUUUUAGUACCGGCAAAAAGGGUAGCCGAUACUAGCAACAGUGAAGCAGGAAGCAUAAUGGGAUCCCAUAAUAAUAACGUUGGUAACAAUUCAAGUGCGACGGCGAAGCUGCGUGGACAGCCAUGGAAGUUACUGUCCAUAAUCUUUUGCGUCCUAAUUGAGACCCCACCCUUCGAAAACCUAGAGACCUCGUAUCUUGAGUGCUUGCUCAACAGUGAUGACAACGACGUUAGCGCCGAAAUGAAAAGGAACACUAUCUACUGGCUACCUGAACGAAAAUAUGAAGCCGAGGAAGAGGACAAGGAGGAGGAGAAUCUCUCAAAAGGUCGUCACCUUUUCCUGUGGUCCGCUUACAGGUACUCCGAUAUGGUGGAAGCGGUACAACGUGUGGCUGAAAAAGCUGUCGAUGCAGAUGGUGCUACCGUUGAGUUCUCUUUUCAGGGAAGAUACUGUGGCCAAGAGGAGGGCCUCGAAACAUCCAUCUUGAUCAAGAAUUGUCGGGUUAUUCCGGUGUACGAUGAUAGAGUAGUGACAUAUGAAGAGGAAGAAGAUGAUGGCGAUGGUGAUCAAUAUAGAGUACUCAACCUCGGGGGGUUAUAUGAUCAGUUGUGCAGCGGCCAGUAA